GUCUUCUCCAUGCGGCUCAGGCUAUGACAGCCUCCGUGCUCCUCCACCCCCGCUGGAUCGAGCCCACCGUCAUGUUUCUCUACGACAACGGCGGCGGCCUGGUGGCCGACGAGCUCAACAAGAACAUGGAAGGGGCGGCGGCGGCUGCAGCAGCGGCCGCAGCGGCUGCGGCGGCCGGGGCCGGGGGCGGGGGCUUCCCCCACCCGGCGGCGGCGGCGGCAGGGGGCAACUUCUCGGUGGCGGCGGCGGCCGCGGCCGCGGCGGCGGCGGCGGCCAACCAGUGCCGCAACCUGAUGGCGCACCCGGCGCCCUUGGCGCCAGGAGCCGCGUCCGCCUACAGCAGCGCCCCCGGCGAGGCGCCCCCGUCGGCUGCCGCCGCUGCCGCCGCCGCUGCUGCUGCCGCCGCCGCCGCUGCCGCCGCGUCGUCCUCAGGAGGGCCCGGCCCGGCUGGCCCGGCGGGCGCAGAGGCCGCCAAGCAAUGCAGUCCCUGCUCGGCAGCGGCGCAGAGCUCGUCGGGGCCCGCGGCGCUGCCCUAUGGCUACUUCGGCAGCGGCUACUACCCGUGCGCCCGCAUGGGCCCGCACCCCAACGCCAUCAAGUCGUGCGCACAGCCCGCCUCGGCCGCCGCCGCCGCCGCCGCCUUCGCGGACAAGUACAUGGAUACCGCCGGCCCAGCGGCCGAGGAGUUCAGCUCCCGCGCUAAGGAGUUCGCCUUCUACCACCAGGGCUACGCAGCCGGGCCUUACCACCACCAUCAGCCCAUGCCUGGCUACCUGGAUAUGCCAGUGGUGCCGGGCCUCGGGGGCCCCGGCGAGUCGCGCCACGAGCCCCUGGGUCUUCCCAUGGAAAGCUACCAGCCCUGGGCGCUGCCCAACGGCUGGAACGGCCAAAUGUACUGCCCCAAAGAGCAGGCGCAGCCUCCCCACCUCUGGAAGUCCACUCUGCCCGACGUGGUCUCCCAUCCCUCGGAUGCCAGCUCUUAUAGGAGGGGGAGAAAGAAGCGCGUGCCUUAUACCAAGGUGCAAUUAAAAGAACUUGAACGGGAAUACGCCACGAACAAAUUCAUUACUAAGGACAAACGGAGGCGGAUAUCAGCCACGACGAAUCUCUCUGAGCGGCAGGUCACAAUCUGGUUCCAAAACAGGAGGGUUAAAGAGAAAAAAGUCAUCAACAAACUGAAAACCACUAGUUAAUGGAUUAAAAAUGGAACAAGAAGGCAACUUGAAGAAACGCUUCAGAACUUGUUGCUUUGCCCAGAUAAUGAUAAUAAUGCUUAAUAAUAAUUGAAGAAUGGGAAAGAGAAAGAGACAGACACUGGCAUUUUGCUCUCCUGAAGGAGAUCUCUGUCUCUUUAAUGGAAUCUACAACUGUUUUAAAACUUUAAGAAAGGUAAAGACUGCCAGUUCUUUCGCCAACCCCACCAGCCCAGCCCGUUAAAUGUCAAACGUCAACCCCCAAAAUACGCAAUUUCAGAUAAGUUACACAGUUACUGAAAUCUUGUAAGUAUUUAUGUGAUCGUUAUAUUUUAGGACAUUGUGUUAGAUGGUAAUAAUCUGGAAGUUGGUUACAAAAGCAAGAGGCCAUUGUAAACAUCUGCUUGUCUUUCUUAGGUCGCCAUUCCCUUUGCAUGUUAAGCGUCUGCUCAGGUAAAUCUUAGUGAAAUUCCUGCCGUUGUUGUAUGUUCUGCAAAACAUUUUAUGUGUAGAUUUAGAGGGGAAACGAGAAGGUACUGAAAUAAUAAUCUUGGAAUAUUUGCUGUGAAGGGAAAAUGGGAGAGAAAACUCUUCUGAGGAUGAUUUGUCUUGGUAGUAUAGUAAAACCAACCAGCUGAACCUUUCAGGCUACAAGAGAAACCGAGUUGGUAAUGUCCUUUCCAGAAUAAUUUUUAAUUGCUUAUAACAAGCAUAUUUUGUGGCAUUUGGACUAUAUUUACUGCCCCAAUAUCCGUUAUUUUCCAAAGGAUUUGGUAUCUUUUUGAAAAUGUUUAAAUCAUCAGAUGAUCCGCAGAAUUCACUUUAUUUGAGAAAUCCCGAAAGUUUCCAUCCCAACAUGAUGGACUUCAGUUUGAACACAAUUCGUUUUUUCAUUUGAAUUGGCAUUUCGCAAUAUUUGCUAAACAUUUGCUGGAGAAAUCAUUUUUCUUUUUUAGAAAACUUAAAAUGAAAAUUCAUUCCCCUGAAAUAUUUAGGUGUCUUCAUUCUAUAUUUUGAUCUAUUAAGAGAUUAGUAUUUUUCCAUGUUUAUUGUUUUAUCAGACUGCAUUAGAAAGAUUAGUGAUUCAUCUUCACAGCACAUUUUUAAGCAGUUAUUUCAACCAGCACAUUCGUUUUGUUCAUAUUCACUAUAGAAUGAUAUCUUGUAAAUAAAGACACAAAGCACACUGUGAAAAUGUAUUUGUGCACCUGCUUUUUAAAUAUUUCUACUAAAAAUGAAAAAAAAAAAAAACCCUUAGACCUGUAGAUAGUGAUGUAGUGGUAUUAAUUCUGUUAAUAAAAUAGUCACUGCCAUUAAAAUCUGCAGAAAAUACUCUUUUCUUUCCUAUGCUAAAUGUGCACUGCACAGAAAGAAAAGGAGCAGGUUUGUCUUAUAUAAACCAAGGACCAUUCUUUAUUAUUAUUCAGUACUUUUUUUGCUACCAAAUUUUUAAGAAAAGGGAGAAACCCCUCAUAACUAAAAUCCUAAAAAAUGAUAAGUGCUUCAAGGAGAUUAAAGUGUCAGAUAUUCCAAAAGGGUGGGAAAAGAAAGGAGGAAGAGAUAGUAUGAAUUCCCAGGCUCCCUGUGGAAAAUGAAAACCAGUUGUUUUGUAUCAGCAAUGCCUAGGCUGUCGUAUUUUAAAAUCUGCUGUUGGGUCUGCAUGUGUCUGAGAGGGCAGGUUUUGAUAUCUGUUGAAAUGACAGGACUACGAAAGGCCUUAAACCUUGACCUUGACGAAAAAAGACAAUUUGUGACCUUGACUUUUGACAGCUCAUGAAUUGGCCUUAGCUGGAUUAGUAGAUCAAGGGCGCCACCUCGCGUUGACAAGCCUCCUUGUAAUUCUUCAACCAAGGGAAUCAAGAGCUCUUACCUCCUUGACUUUAGAGAUUCAGUACUCAAUUAUUUGGCUCCAGAUGGAGCAAAUUUGAAUAUAUGUAAAUUAUACAUGUCCCUGUAUAUAUGUAAAUAUAUAUCAUAUGUGUACACAUGUA